AUGGAAGACCACGAGAAAGAGCUUCCCAACGGUCACCAGCCAUCGAAUGAUCUAUCGGAGUACACUGCCCUCAAUCGCUUUAUCUCCACUACGACCACCGCCAGUCAUGCCGCACCGUCAGCUACCGACAAGGAUUCUGACGAACCCACUUCGCACCCACCCCGGUGGAAAUUCUGGCGGCAGUUCCACGACAGCACAGACGAGAAGGGUGGUGGGCCCUUCCAGACUCCCUCGGAGUGGCUGGACACUGACAUCUCGUCGGGUCUCUCGGAAGCCGAGGUUGACGAACGGCGGAAGAAGUGCGGAUGGAAUGAACUGGCCAGUGAAAGCCCCAACAAGCUGCUUCAGUUCAUCGCAUAUUUCCGGUGUCCGAUACUGUAUGUGAUGGAGCUCGCCCUGUUCCUCGCAGCUGGCCUGCGCGACUGGAUCGAUUUUGGCGUGAUCAAUGGAAUCCUCAUGUUGAACGCGAUCGUUGGAUGGUACCAGGAGAAACAAGCCGCGGAUGUGGUCGCCAGCCUAAAGGGUGACCUCGCCAUGAAGGCAAUUGUGGUGCGAGAUGGGGAGGAGAAGGAGAUCUUGGCUCGUGAGGUCGUCGUGGGUGACAUUCUCAUUCUGGAGGAAGGCAAUGUCAUCCCUGCGGAAGCACGAUUGAUCUGUGACUAUAGUGAGCCCGAUACGUUUGCUGCAUACAGAGAAAAGAUUGCGCAGGAGGGAGAAGACCCUCUGCACGAGGACGGAGAAAGCAGCGAGGAUGAGCACAAGCAUACGGAAAAAGCAAUUGUAGCCGCGGACCAGUCUGCAAUUACUGGUGAAUCCCUCGCUGUCGACAAAUUCAUGGGGGAUGUCUGUUAUUACACGACCAGCUGUAAGAAGGGCAAGGCGUAUGCCAUCGUGAAUGCCUCAGCGAAAGACUCCUUCGUGGGGAGAACCGCAUCGCUCGUCCAAACCGCCAAAGACCAGGGCCACUUCAAGGCCGUGAUGGACUCCAUCGGCACUACCCUGCUGACUUUGAUUCUCUUGAUCAUCGGAGUCCCGGUGGGACUGCCCGUAGUAACUACGACUACACUGGCUGUUGGCGCAGCGUUCCUCGCCCGCAAGAAGGCCGUGGUGCAGAAGCUGACCGCGAUAGAGUCGCUGGCUGGAGUGAAUUGGGGGUUCUCGAUCGGGGUGGUCAUCGUUAUCGCCACCGUUUAUUACCUCCUCUCGCGGAUUACAUGGCUACAGAACCUCGGACGGGCCAAUCGUUCCAAAGAAGAACUGAAGAUGGAGCGAUUCCUUGAGCAGCUAUUCAAGCUUACAGUGGAACGAGAGAUCGAUCCUAAGUCUGAGAAUCCGCGGUUCGUUCUGAAGACCCGAACGGAGGAUAUCGAUGCGGACGAUUAG